AUGAAUAAAAGAAAAAUAGAAGAAGAGAUUUUCCAACAAAAUAAGUUUGAAAAGCUAAAUAAUAUAGCUGAUUCGGAAGAAGACGAUGAUGACAGUGUUGAUGAAAAUAAUUAUGAUGUGAUGCAAGAGCAAGAUAUUGAAGGCCAAGAAGAAGGAGUUGUUGGACAAGAUGGUGAGAUACGAAUCACACCUUUUAAUAUGCAAGAAGAACUUGAAGAAGGGCACUUCGAUAAAGAAGGAAUGUAUCAUUGGAAAAAAGAAAAAGAUGUACAGGACAACUGGCUAGAGAAUAUUGAUUGGUGUAAAAUUAAAGAUAUGUCCAAAGAAAAGAAAAAAGCUGAUGAAAGUGUAGAGGAUAAUGUAGAAUUUAAUGUAAUUGCUGCGUAUAAAGAAAUCAUAAGUAUGAUGGAGCCAAAAGAGACUAUUUCAAAAUCAUUAAGGCGUUUAGGUGGAAACAAACGACUUACUACUGCUGAAAGGUGGAAAUUGAAAAAGGCAGGACUGAGCACUGAUGAAGGUUCGUCUUCAAAAGUCACUAGACUUACAGAGCUUGCUAAUCAAAUUUUAACAGCUAACGGCAACAUGGAUGUUUAUCAAGAAACUUAUGAGCAGAUUUCUCAAAUUAUUUCAAAAUCAGAAAAGAAAGGACAACCGUCAACUUCUAUGGCAUCGGAUUUGGAUAUGUAUGCGGAAGAUUUUGAUUUAAAAGAAAAGGAAAAAUUAGAAAGUACAAUCCAGAGUGGUCAAGAAGAACCAGAAGAACCAGAAGAACUAUUGACAGGAGAGUCAUUACAGUGGGAAUACAAAUUUUCAUUAGAAAGUAAUGAAAUAUUUGGUCCGUACAAUACUGAGCAAAUGCAGAAAUGGAAAGUAGAUGAUAAAUUUAAGGAACCCAUUUGGGUACGUAAAUGUAACUCAAACAGUGAUUUUCAUUCGUUUAAACGUGUUGAUUUUGAACUUUAUUUAUAA